CCAUCUAAAUCACAAAUUCACAACGCCAUCUCCAUCUUUCGUCUCUUUCUUUCUUUCUUUCUGGUGUGCUUUCUUUCUUCCUGUUCGUUUAUAUUAAAAUUCCGAUAUAAUAAACCAGAGCCCUAAUCGCCGUAUGGAGCAUCAGUCGUUCCACAAUCUCUUCGAACGCCGCCCAUUCAUCAAGUCCAAAACUCCUGCUGUUAAGUGGUUCAAAGAAUGGGUGCCCCAGGAUGUUGUAGCCACAGGUGGUAAAUGCUUGGUUUUGAAAUGGGUCACAGAUCAAAUCAAGGCCCUGCAAGACAAGACAGAAAAUCCCGUGACUUUAGUAGAACCUGAACCUGAACCAACUACUGAAGUUCUUUUCCUCUGCAGCUAUGAAGGUUGUGGCAAGACCUUUAUUGAUGCUGGAGCUUUAAGAAAGCAUUCUCACAUUCACGGCGAAAGGCAGUAUGUUUGCCAUUAUGAGAAUUGCGGCAAGAAAUUUUUGGAUAGCUCAAAGUUAAAGAGGCAUUUUCUAAUCCACACGGGUGAAAGAGAUUUUGUAUGUCCACAUGAAGGUUGUGGUAAGGCAUUCUCAUUAGAUUUUAACCUGAGGUCACACAUGAAGACUCAUUCGCAGGAGAACUAUCAUAUCUGCCCAUUUCAAGAAUGUGGCAAGAGAUAUGCUCAUGAAUAUAAACUUAAGAAUCACAUUCUGUCUCACCAUGAAAAGCAGAAUUUGAAUAACUUGUCUGAAUUUCCGCCCAAGUACGUCCAAGUCCAACAUGUGGAAAAACAGCCACCCAAUACCAAGCCGCCAAAGGUGGCUGCAUCCAGCACUUACGCCACAGCAUCAUCUGAUCGCCCUUACGCUUGUCCUUAUGAAGGAUGUGAUAAGGCUUACAUUCAUGAAUACAAGCUUAACCUCCAUUUAAGAAGAGAGCACCCCGGUCAUCUCCCUGAAGAAUAUCCAAAAAACGCCCCACGUAACAAAAACAACACAGAUGCUGACAUGGAUGCUGGUAGUGACCAUGAUGGUCAAUAUGCGGUAAAACGUGGGAACACCAAAAGCCAGAAACCGAGCCGCCCAAAACCCAACAUAAAGCUUCCUCCCACGAAAGCUGUGAAGCGUAAGGCACCACCUGCUGCUGCAGGCAAAAAGCAGCCAUGGCCUGUGGUGGUUAAGGCCGUGCAAGAAGAAGAAGAAGACAGUGAAGAGACGGAAGAAGAUAGAGACAACGGUGAGGAUGGAUGGAGGUAUGGUGGUGGUGGCGUUGAUAAUGAUGACGAUGACGAUGAAGAGACCGAAGACGAGGAUUAGUCUGGGGGAAAAUGUGUUUGGUCCAUGUAUGUUUUUGGUUAGAUUUUAUUAUUUUGUAAAUGCUAAAUAAGUGUCAUCCCCCCUUUGUAUUAGAAACCUUUUUUCGAUAUAAGAAUCGUACACUUGUAUUUUAGGA